AUGCCUAAAGGAAGACAAUACACCCCAUCGACGAAGACUGACGGAAGAUGGAGUACUUUUAAAAAUUUCAAUCCGUUUUCCGUUCAUGACAAUCGUAAAGUUCACGAAACUAAAGGCGACUAUCUAGAUAUGAAACAUGGAAAACGUUUACUGCCAAUCAAAAAUAAACAGCAAUUUUCAAUGAAUGAAUAUUUAAGUGAGUCAUCGAUCCCUACUGAGCGAUCUCGAACUGUCUAUAGAUCAACCUUUGUCGGUCACGAUAGGAAUUUGAUCCGCAAUAUUAACACUGCUCCGAUUGUAAGGCGUUAUCCAUUUUCUCAUCAAAAUGUUCGAAGCAUUAAUGCACCACAUAUUUCUGUAACAAGCUUUGAUUGGUACAACGAUAAAGCCUCUAAAAGUGUAAAUAGUUUACCCUCACUCAACCUACUCUUAAACAAGCCUGACCCUGAUUUAUCAAAAACUCAUUGGAGAUAUUUUUAUAAGUGUCACUGA